AUGCCCCGCAACACGGCCCCAAUCAUCACGCAGCCGGACCUCGACAUGUACCUGGCGCGCGUCAAUGGCCACCUGCUGACACUUAUGGGCGGCGGUCUUGUGGAGAAGAAGGAAAAGGAGCUGUUGUCCGCGAAGCAGCGCGAGAAGUUUGAAAAGCUCAUUGACCCCGCUGUCUACCAAGUCUUCGGCGCGUGGUCUCAGGACAUGAGCCCAGAGGCACGCCCGAAGGCACCCAGGCUCCUGCUCUCCGCCAUGCUCGAGCUAAGCUACUCGACGAAGGAGGCUCCCGUGCUCUUUUCCAACAUCCGGCCCGACGACCCCCGAGUAGCAAAGUGCCGUUGGCUCAAUCCGCUCGCUCCCAGCGGUCUGCCGCCGCCCGUCCCCACGAAAGCCCCGGAGCCCGGCCCAUCUCGAGAGCCGCAGACUGUUCGUUUCCAGCACCUGGCGGCCGACGAGGAGGACGAUGAGGGAAUGGAUGGAGUGGUAGAUAGUGGGCAGAUGGAUGUUGGAGAAGACGGUGAGGAGGAGAUGCCGGUCGAGGAGGACAUGGAAGAGGUGGUCGUGGACAAGAAAGGGAAAGGCAAGGCCGUUCCGGCCGCGUCGCGGCGAUUGGGCUCGAAGGCUGCCGUGGUUGACGAGGAAGUGGACGAAGAGGACGCCGAACAGAGCGAGCUGGAGGAUGAGGAGGUUGGGCAGCAGGAAGCCCGCCGCCCGGCGAAGAAAGCAAAGCCAUCCAAAGGCAUUUUGAAGGCGACGGCCGAGGAGAUGAACGAAGAGCGUGCCAAGUUCAAAAUCGACUACAGCAAAGAGAAGACGCGAAGGCUCGAGUACGUGCGGCCCAUGCCGUACACAUGCAUCUGGUGCAGGGGCUUCCCUUGCCAGAUCUCGGCACCCAGGGGAUCCGAAUUCAAAGUCGACGGCACUCUCCGAAAGUUGCCCCCCGCCUGCGACUUCUGCCACGUCAAGAAGAUAAAGUGUGAGCCCAUCGACACCGACGGCACGUUCCAGCCAGCGCGUGGGCCCCGACGGCGGUCUUCAUCACGGGCCAGCAGCGUGGCCAGCGACGCGGAAGUAAGCGAUGCCGAGGCCCCUCCAACGACGGCCGACGGGUCCGACGACGACAGCGACGCCGGCUCGGUCGCGACAACGGCCAGCCGCAGGACUACGCGCAGAAGCGCUACGCCUUCCCGCCUUCCCACCACCGUGACUGCAAAGCCACCCAGCAAGGUCAGUACGGGUCCCAAGGCCGCCCCGGCGCGAAAGGCCCUGGCGAAGAAGGCUCCGGCGAAGAAGGCCCAGGCGGAGGAGGUCCAGGCGGAGAAAGCACCGGCGAAGGAGGUCCCGGUAAAGAAGGCCCCGGCGAAGACCGCCCCGGCGAAGACGGCCCCAGCGAAGGCGGCCCCAGCGAAGACGGCCCCGUCAAAGACGGCCCCAUCAAAGACGGCCCCGUCAAAGACGGCCCCGGCAGAGACGGCCCCGGCAGAGACGGCCCCGGCAGAGACGGCCCCACAGAACGCAGAGGCUGGCCCGAGCACUGUCGCUGCGCCGAAGCGCAGAAGGGCGAACAAAGCUCAGGGGCCCGAGCUCGACCCCGCUGAUAUAAAACGCGUAUACCCAGUGAUGCCAAACAGCAAGGUCCGCCCGGCGCUUGGCCUACCAAUCUCGGUCGUCCAUGCAGAAGACAUGCGGCCCGAUAUCAUGGCCCUCCGAAUCCAGGAGCUGCAAGACCAGGUCGGGAGUAUGAGCGAGCGCAUCGUGGCGCUUGAGGUUGCCAACAGGGCAUUGCGGGAGGACCAACGCCUUAUCAGUCGCGCGUGGCUCGCCGGUGACGGAAAUCCAACCUACGUCACCGUCAUCCGGGAGAUGGUCAACAGGAUGCAGAUGAACAUGGGGUGGGAGGAUACGGGUUCUUACAGUGAAGGGGGAUCGCCCCCCGUUCGAUGGAGUCCCUUGGCCGACGAGGAGGGCGUCGAGGAGGAGAUGAUGGACCGCAUGUCCGUCACGCCCAGCCCCGAUCGUCCCUGGCCACGCCGCAGCCCCUCCCCGAGGCCUCAACCGGAGAAGUCCCGGCCCCUUGAAGACGACGCGUCACAACCUGCGCCCAACGUCGAGCGUCCGUCUGAAGUGACGACGAGGGUCUCUCCGCCGAGUACGUCAGUGGAUCAUCCGCCGCCCGUGCCACAGCCAACUGGAUUGCCGCCGUCUGCAAUCACCACAGCAAGCGCACGCCCGGCCAAUCUCACCCCGAUUGGCCGGACGAUAAGUCAGGUUCCCGUUCCAACGUCGUCCACACUCAGAACGCGUGGACGUACGCCGCCGGCUGAGGCCUCCAUGUCCGACCUGCGACUGGCCUUUCAGAGGGCUUGGAUUCCGCCCGACCUGUUCAAGAAUCUUCCUCUCCGUCAAGCACAGUCAUCAAGCACUCUGCCAAUUGCCGCCGUCAAUCCCGGGGCAUCUUCGACAGCUGCCCAACUCGAGCAAGCCAAGGCCGUGGAGGGUGGUGCACUAACCGACGCCGAACCCACCGUGAAGGCCGCCGGCACCGUACACGGUGAAGAGACGGUACGGGCAGCAGCACCGGAGGGCAGUGGUACCGCCGUCAGUGCCGUGUCGGACACCGGUCCCGAGGCUAAGCUCGGGGUGGACGCCAGCACGGAACAUGCGAGCGCCGUCGUCUGUCCACCCGCCACUCAGGCAACGUUCACCGCCGAGCCUGAAGCCACUGCCGAGCCUUCUCCAACCACCACCGCUGCGCUGACCGGCGAGGUUCCCACCACCACCGCUGCGCUGACCGGCGAGGUUCCCACCACCACCGCUGCGCUGACCGGCGGGGGUGCGUUGACCACCGCUGCGCUGACCGCCGAGGUUGCGUUGACCACCGCCGUGCCUGCUUCAGCCCCAGGGGACGCCCCGAUUACCGAGGCGCACUCCACCACCUCCGAAGGUGUGUCUUCAGUCGGGGCGGCACCUAGGUCAGAAGCGGUGCCCACUGCCAACGGACCGCCGAUGCCAGCACCGGCGGGCAAUGCUCCGCAGAUGGAUGGGGAACAGAUAGGAGGCACUGCAGAUGACGAAGAACGACCGGAGACAGGUGAGCCCACCACUGCUGCAAUGGACACCACGGAAUGA